AUGCCACAGCAAGCUAACAAAUUGAGUGCCCGCACACCCGCCACAGUGCGCCAGUCACUGUACGUGAUGCCGCUGCUUCUCCUGCUGUUGUUUCUGUGCUGCGCCAGUGUGUGUGUUGCGCAGAAGGACGGCGGCGUGCAGUCGACUGGUGUUGUGCGGGAGUUGCCCCGCAAGGGACAGAGUGGUGUGCAGGCGUACACCGUCGCCACUGAGAAGAAUGAAGGAUGGGAGCUGAUCCGCAUUGAGGCGUUCACGAAGGACUUGGAGAACCCAUCAGAAUACUGCAGGAAGGUAAAGGAGAACAAUGUAAAUGGUGGAAGAAUGGAAUGCAGUACAUCAUUUAUUACCGCUGAACAAAAGAAGGACAUUGAGGAGAAAAUCAUUCCCGCUGCAAAGAAGUUGCAUGAGGAUCGUCUGUUUGUUCGUCGUGGGAGUGGAAAGUUGAAGGUUCCUCUAUUUGAAGUUAAUAACGAUUGCAAACAUUUCACUGUACCCGAAGAGCACCACAGUGAUGGUGUUGACGCUGACUUUGUGCUCUACGUAGCUGCCGUACAGUGGCAUUGGGGGUCUGGUGUCACAUGUGCCGUGGAAAAUUCAACGGGUCGUCCAAUCGUUGGAGCAAUGAAUUACGUUCCCCAAUUACAGGAUGGCAUUCGGUUUAAUGUUCGCCGUAUUGCACGCGAGAUUGCACACGCACUGGGAUUCAAUUUUGUAGAGAUGGAGAAGAAAGGCAUUGUGACCGAAGUGGAGCUCCGUGGCGCGAAACGUAAGGUGGUGAACUCCUCAAAGACAGUGGAAAAAGCACAAAAACACUACAAUUGUCCUAAUUUGAAGGGAAUGGAACUGGAGCCUCACAGAGGCCAUACGCAAUAUCACUGGGCAAAGCGCAUUGCAAAGGAUGAGUUGAUGGCACUGUCGUACUUCGAUAACGGCGGUUACUACACGGCACUGACAAUGGCAUUAUUUGAGGAUCUGCAGUACUACAAGGCAAACUGGGGAAUGGAGGAACAAAUGAGCUGGGGGAAUCAGAGUGGAUGUGACUUUCUUGAGAAAAAGUGCAUGGAGAAUAAUAUUACACGCUAUCCUCAAUAUUUCUGUAAUGAAACGAUUUNGAACCAGAAUGGUGUGUGUGCACGGGUGUUGUGUGACUAUGAGAAGCGAACAGUGAAGGUGCAGUACAAAGGUAAGGAAGACGAAAACGAUUGGUACGAAUGCCCUGAAAACGGUACAAUCGUUGUCGAAUCCCCUGCGUUCGAAAGCGGUGGUAAGAUCAAGUGUCCCAAGUACGAUGAGGUGUGUACCAUCGCAUUCAACGGCAGCAGUCAUGUUCCAUUUGUUGUUAAUCGACCUCCAGCAGCAACGGCAGAAGAAUCCGCAUCAUCUGUGGACACAUCUGUGCAGGGAGAUCAGGUAAAUAACGGUACCGCUACUAAUUCACGCAGCAGAAGGGAUACUACUGGUGUUACUUCUUCCACAACUUCCAAUAACACUCAGGCUGCUGCCGCUGCAGGUGUGACCUCACCAAGUGGAGAAGAGAAUGCAAACACCAAUGCG